UCGCGAGGCUCGGAGGGCGUGCCCCGCGCCCGAGCGCUCGGCGGGCGGCGAUGGCGGUGCGGCGGAUGCUGCGACAGCUGUUCCAGGACCCGCGGCCCACCGGGGCCAUCGUGGUGGAGCGGGCGUCCGCCCCCGCCGCUGCUGCCUGGAUGUCGCCGCCGCCGUCGCCGCCGCCGCUGCCGCCGCCGCCGCCCCCCCCGUCGUCGUCGUCGUCAUCGUUUUCUAUGUCGCCGGAGGAGUGCGCCGUGUUCCACUGCCGUGGUUGCUGGACGGUGCUGGGGGACUCGCUGCAGCUGUGCGGGCAGGAGCCGCCGGGGCUCGGCGUCCUCAUCUGCUUCAAAGUCACCAGCGACGUGACCUGGGAGGACUCGCUGCUGAUCGGCCUCGAGGGAGCCCUCCUUGAAUGUGCUUAUUAUUUAUUGUCCUGUCAGUCAUGCGGCUUGGCCGUGGGCUUCAUUCUUUACUCUUCUGGCAGUGACCUGGCGUAUCUCCGAGGCUUGUUCUGUUUCUUCAAGGACAGCAUCAUCUGUUACCUCUUAAAAAACCAAAUUAUUAUAGAAGCUUCUAAGGUGAAUUUUCCAGCUGUGACCUUAAAAGAACGCAUGCAUAAAGUGAAAGAAAAGCUUGUGGACUUCAAUGGUCGCAUAGAAUUAGUGCUAAGGAAGCUGGAGAAACUGGAACAAAGUAAUUAUGUAACAGAAUGGCAAAACCCUACAACAGAUCCAGAUGACUGAUUAUCAGGAUAUGCAAGAGUUAAUGCCAACUAAUACCCAUUUUCAAGAACUGCUGGAGUUGUUUCUGCAUCUCUGCUGAGUUUGGUCAUUACGAACAAAUAACGCACCACACCAGGUUUGAGUGUUGAUCUGUCACUUGAUCAGUGUGCAUCUCUUCAGGGGAACACCUGAAAACCUGACAUAUUGAAGUUAUGCUUAGAGGACUCAAUAGCUCAUCCAUGCAGCACAUCACUCUCUGAGGCUGUACAACUGUGGCUUUGGUUCUUCUAAUGACUUCAGGGAGGAAAACAGCCUUUGAAAUGCUGAAGUCAGGUUUCUGAAGCUGUGCAAAAAAUACUUAACAAGGUGAGGAUACUCAAGAGCCACCAUUACAAACUGAACAUUCUUCGAGACCUAAAGCUCUUGUCCUGCCAUUUAAUACAGACACAGUGUUAGUGGCAGCCUUGGUUUUAAUGGCAGCUCCUUUUUGGUCAGGUGGCUCAUUAGCUAUAUCUGAUCUGUGAGCCACUGCUAAAUGGAGCCCUGAGUAGUUUUGGGAUUUGCUUGUGUGUGUUGCGUGCAAAAGCAGCAGAUGAGCACGUCACAGAUGCUGUAAUGUUCUUAGCGCAUGAGUCUGGAUGGCACCACGGAGGCAGAAGAGAAGGUUUUGGAUUUUAGGUAAAGUACAACCCACAUGCCUGCCAAGUCUGCUGAAGUGCAGCCCCAGGAACGGGACUGAGUCAAAUUCUGCAGCUAAGGCUGUGAGUAACUAUCUUGAACAGAUUUGAGCAUUUCUUUCUGGAACAUCGACGAUGAAACCAAGGAACAGCCUUCUGCAGUUGUGGAAGCACUGCUUUCCUGAAGUUAUGAUUUGCCUGUUGCCUUCAAUUGGCCAGUUAAGAUGUUUCAUUAAAAAUACCUACUCAUGGCUCACUGGCAUUUCUCUCUGUUGAAAAUGGGUUCUGCUUAUUUCCAAACAUUUAGAAAAUAAGUUUACAGAUAAGAAAGCACUACUUACCCUUUGUUACUGGGACAGAAUACCCCUAAUUCUUAUUUGUUGGAAGAUUUAGGGCUCUUUUCCUCCCCCUUUUGCUGCCUAAAGGGCUAAUGUUUUUCCCUAAAGGGACAAUGAACUUUAUGGAAAGUUGAGUAGUUAUCUGUAGUAGUCUAGACAGGAUUCUUUAUCAGCCUAAUUCCAGUGAUGCAAAUUGCCUCCUUCCAUAUAUAUGACCAGCAGGUUGCAGGCCUCAGUGCUGCUGCUGCCAGUUCUGUAUUUUGUCUUAUUUGUAAAAUAGCUCCUAAUGGGCUUGGAGCAGAGGGGACAAAAGUCACUGUAAGGCACCUCAGAGGUUUGAGGUGGGCAGUUGGUACUUAGGCUACUGCUAAUGCUCACUCUGCUGCUUUCUGUUUGGGAGUUCUCUAUGGUCUCAGUUCACUGUGGUGGGCAAAACCACAGAGUACCAACAGUCAUUCUGCAAGGAGAGGAGGGACUCUCACAAAUUCUAAUACCACCUUUGUAGUACUUCCUUAGUGCUUCUCUUACUGAAAGAGUCUAAGAAAUGGGACUGAUAAUGGGACUGUUUGCUUUGGCCUUUCAUUCCAGUUUCUGCACUGAGACUGUUUCUUGCUAUUUUACGUCUGUACUAUGAACAAUGCUAAAUUGUUUUACAUUGUGGAUUAGUGUUGAUCCCUAAAAGAAAGCUGUCAGUUACAUUUUUGUAUUAUAUUUAAGUUGUGAAGAAGGAACUUCUUAAAUAAAAGCUGGAAUUCAGAAAUUCAUAGUGUGCAAAUCAUUACCAAUAUUAUGUGAGUCUUAGGCCUACUUCUUUUCCUUUGAUUAAUUUUGCAGAAAGAAAAACAUUGUCUUGCUUGGGUCCUCAUUUCUUAUGAGGCAUUAAAGUAAUGGUUCCUCAAAUCACAUUACUUAGCAUGAACUUAAAUAAAUAAUGAGUAUAUGCUGAAGAUUAGCUGGUAAAUUUUUAAGCUGCACUUCUGUAAUCUUUAAAACUGGGAGGACCCCUGCCAACCACAGAAGAAAUUCUUCAGAAGUGCAGUCACCAAAACAAUAAACAAUAUAUACAUAAAACCAUUUUCUGAGGGGGCCUUGUUACUUUUAGGCAAUCAGUACAAGAAACAGAGGGGUUUGCUACCCUCUAAAACAACCCUUGAAGCUCUUAACUGAUAAGUUACACACCUUAGAAUGAGUGGAAUAACAAUUUUAGUUUAGCUGUUGUCUAAAUCAGAAGCUCUUGUGCCUGAAGUCUGCUGGGACAGCUGGCCCCAAAGCAGAUAUCCAGCAUAUAUAAACUCAGAUUGAGUUGUUAAGUUUUGACAAAGCUACAGCAAGUACACCUCAGAAGUGGAGUGGAAUGUACAGUAAUUUGGCUAAUUUGUCUUCUGAACAAAUGACACAUCCAAUUUUAGUGCAUUCUCAGCCUGUGCUGCUUUAUUGCUAAAAAAUUUGUAUACAGGUGCAGAGUUUCCAGGUUCAUUUUUAAACAGUUCCUCUUUACAGUGUCAAAAGAAUAAAAUCUUAUCUUGAAAUCCUCAAAGAUGCAUAGAUAUAAAAGCAAGCUGCCUUUUGGAAAAAAUCAGAAUUUGCAGGGAGACAUUCUUUCACUGUUACCAUGUAAAACAUGUGCAAUGGGAGUACACAGUUCGUAGUCACACCAAUAAUUUCCUCCACCAAUCCAUGCAAGAAUGCUAUCAGAAGUUCAGUGUAAGUACUCUUUAGCCUAUUAAGUACUAAGGUAAUUUUUAGGAAUUUAUACCUAAUACUUCUCCUUUGCUGUUAUAUUUUUCAAAAGGAAAAUAACUUCACUGACAUCCUGAAGUAGCUUAUUCCCCAGGUUAUACUAAAGGGAAAUACAAAGGAUACAAUGGCUUACUUAUUACAAAAAAAAUAUAUAUUUAACAGACUUUAAAACCAUGCAUAGUGUUCUAAAGAAUCAAAAAUGACCAUGGUUAAUCACUGGGCUAAAUUUGUCUUGGAUAUUUUCUUGUUUCUUGAAGAAGUUGGCUCAAAGACUUUGAUUCAGUCUAACUUGUGAUACCAUGGAAUAGUUACCUUCUCUCACAAUAUCCCUAUCUUCAUUUGGCAAUCCUUACGUACCUAAAAAGAGCAUUCAUGGGUAGAACCACAAUUCCCAUUCUAAACCCAAACCACAGUGCUUUAUGAAUGCUUGGCUAUGAAGUACGAAAAAGAGUUAACUUGACACAACUUUUCUUCCUCCAAGACACUUCUUUCUACUUAAGGGAGAGGACUGAGCCUCUGUACAUGGAGAAGUGUUCUGCACAAGUUAAGCCCACUUACAAAAUUAAGCUAAGCUACAAGUAUGGAAUUCUGCAAUACAAGCCAGUAUUCAACUCGUUUAAUUGCAAGUUUAAACUUGGAAAAGUAUUAGCGAUGUAGGCUAUGCCACAUUCUCUUAUUUUCAAACUGCCAGCAGAAAUCGACUGCAUUAUCCACUAAGAGACUUGAAGUACAGAGAAUACACUAAAGAGUUUACAGAAAGAUGGCACCCAAAUUCCCUUUUAUUUAAUAAGUGAAAUAAAGAAAAAAGACAAUUGCAACCUCUGUUGCAGAAGAUAAAGACCUUCAGUGAUCAAAUCUCAUUUUCUGUUUUUAAAAAUCUCUUUAAAGAACUUAAAAAAUAUACAAGACUAUCAGUAUUUUCAGGUUCAUUUCCUGUGGAUGCCAUUAUUGCUGGCUGGUACCAGUAUGCUUCAGUACAGCUGCCUAUGUGGCUAGUUACCUGAAAAUACUGUCUAUUAAAAAGCUAUUCAACACCUGAAAAAAUAUGUACUGUGCUUAUUAAUUUCAGUCUUCUCCAAAUAACUUCUCUCACAUUCAAGCUUAUUACCUACUGUCUGGCAAAUACUACACUCAAUUUGAGUCCGUGGUUUCCAUGACUUGUUUGUUGGCUGGGGUUUUGGGGUGAUUUUUUUGUGGGUUUGGUUUUUUUCUUUCCCACCAGUCGCUCCCCCUGCACCAUGUAAGAAACUCUGCACCCUUUUCCUUGCUACAGCUGCAGCAGGUGAGAAACCUCAUCUCGCCUCUAAACAUGCUUAGUUCAUGCCCUGCUUUUUACAUGCUCAGGACAGUGAUAUGAACCAGACAAGAGGUUAUAAAGGCGAGUUCUGCUGAUCCUGGUUCCUGAUUUACAGUUUUGGUGCCAUGCUUCUGUCCCUAUCUAUACAUUCUGCCCCCUUCUCUACAGAGGCAGCACAUUCUCUAAAAAAAAAAACCCAAAAUUUGUGAAUCAAAGCAGGAAAUUUCAAGCUAUUGGUAUAUUAAUUCCUAUUGCUUCAUUAUGUAUAAAUGCAUAUCUCAAUUUACUGGUAAUAACUACAUUACACUAGACAUUUUGAAUCAUGCAUAAUUAGAAUACUAGCUCUAAGAUUUGGUUUGUGGGCCUGUGCCACUUUCCUUCAGUUUCUCCACGCAGUUCUUCAUGCCUAAGGCAUUGCAAACUACCUGCCUUUUAUUUGACCUGCAAACACGCUCAUUUGGAGGGGAAGUGGAGAGAAGCAGACAGGAUUUACAUAGGACACACUGAACAGAAAGUUACCUUCUAUCUUUAACAUUAGAUGGGGUAAAGUUUUGGGAAUCUGUCUGUAUUAUAACCUGGUACAAAGGCUCAGAGACAGAAACACGCUCUGCUGACAUCAUGAACACUGACACUUUCUCUAAAACGCAGGAGGAAGUGUAGAGACUGAAAAGGAACAGACAUCAGAAUCCAUGGUUAGUGUUCUGCACUGUUGAACAAGACAUCCUGGUUCAACUGCUGGCUUUUGUGUGCCAGUCAAAGUGCUACAGGGGCAAAAUGCUGGGUCGUUCCGUGAAAGAAAUCCAGUGGAAUCUAACCUGAACUGUCAUUCUGCAGCUCUGUACCUGACCAGCGAGCAAGACUAUUAGCUCUGGAGGAAGACCAGCCAGUUUCCUAAGGAUGCAAGAAGCAGUAAUUUCUAAGAUUCAUUAUACAUCAAAAAUUAUUUUAUCUUCAAUUAUGUUUUCCUUUCCUGCCCCCCAAAAAACCAGACUGCCAGCUCUUGACAGUAUAAUCCUCAUGUAAAGUGUUAAUAUCCUCAACCUCAGUACAAUUUCUUCUCACUUACUAUCACGAAGUCUUUGCAAGACUUUCUUUUUUCUCCUAAAUUUGACAAAUACCCUCAGUUUCAGAAGGUACAAUUCCCAACACAAGUACUGGCUAGACAUUCUGCAGCAGCACCACUGGAUAUACAAACAGAAUACAUUUGUAUCAUCUGGGUUUAGUACUGCUAAAGGAGGCAUGUCCAUACUGGUCCUCAAACCUUUGAUAUACCACACCUAAGUAUGGCAGUACCUAACACUUCCACUUGGGUUUAGAGGCUGUUAAAUCAAGGAGGUUGAAGCAAAGUCAUGCCAUAGUACAAGAGCUGAAAGGCAAAGGGAUUUCUUUUGUUGCUGUGAAUAGCAAUUCCUAGCCUAGCAGCCCACAGAAUUCAGAUCAUUAUUAAAAGCCUGAACUGGGAAGUAUAUGUAGAUAGCUUGCCUGGAUAGGUCAGUCUUUAUAUCCUCCCCCCUCUCCUGUGUGGAUAUACCCUUGAAGAAUUCCAUGCAGCCACAAAGUUCAUACUUCUGAAGCAUGAAUGUGACUUUGUUUUCAUUAUAAUUUCAUUAUUAUGUAAAUGUACUUGCUGACCACAGACCAUGGUAAAUUCAUAAUUUCUCUAAUGUAAUCAGAGAGCAAUCAAAUGAAGGUCCCCCAUGGCCAGCUUUCAAUUUUAUCAAAAAUUCAAUAGUUGGAAUUUAAGCUGAUUACAAUCUUUCGGAUCAAUUAGCUUUUCAUAAGCAUAAUACAUAUUAGCCAAUACUUAAUUUAGACAUUCUCAUGCUUACCCUGUUACUUUAUACUGUAAAAAUGCUCACAGCCCUCACAGUUCCAUUAUCAAUUUAUGACAAGCCAAAGUGCUUCACCCCAUACUUUAAAAGCACAAGAAGCUUCCAUUAAGCUGGAAGUCACAGUCUAAAUUACUUCAGCUUUCCAGACAUGCAGAAGAAGAAAUGCAGCCAGAUUGAUCUACACCUCUGAUCAAGUAAUUCUGUUCAGAAUACAUUACUAUCUGUUGCACCAUACUGUGUCUAUAGACAAGGUAUCUACACUGAAAACUGUCAACUAGGAACAAUUUAGAACUCCUGUGGCUCUUUUAUGCAACCUUUUGAUAGCAAGUAAUUUGCUGGAUGCAGAUCUAUAGGUGCAGAUCAAUAACCCUUUGUGUUACCACAGGCUUUACAGUACCUUCCUCUGCAAAACUUCAGGCAUCUACUGAAACCAAUUAUGGUCUGAAACAGUAUUUAGCAAAGCUGAAAUUAUUUUCUGCUGUAACAUCUUUAGAAUUCUACAGUUGUGCUUGGCAUGUACAAACGUUUUGAGUGUCAAGUGCUUUCUAAUGUUUUAAUUUUUUUUUAUUUAAACACUUUCUCAGAUUGAUCUUUAUAAACAAAGAAAAUAGAAAGUAACUCCCACCACAAAAGCUUCUAACUUUAGAAUAAGGUUCUCUUCAGAGUACAGUAUUUGGAAAAGUUUAGCUUCCCAGAGAAAUAGAGCAAGUGCUAGGCUACAAAAGAAGAAAAAAAAUACAGGGAAACUUCAGCUAUCGUUUCAAAGAGAACUGUCUGCCCUUCCCCCAGCACUCACUGACAGUGCUUCAGACAUGUGGCAAAGCUAGUUUUUCUUUUUUUAAAAUAUAUAUCAAGUUCAUUAACUUAGUAUUCAAGUGCCAAAUUCCCUCCAAUGAGAGGAACAUAAGAAGAAUUCACCCUUCUUCUCAGGAAGACUCUUCACACAACUCCCUGCAGCACAGAGCGCCACAAACUUAUUUGGUUAUUACCCACUUACUCUACUGUACAGUCUUGCUAAUGCAAGUUAUUUACUAUCACAUGCAAAACAGUUAUUGCUACUAAAGUUCUAUUUUCUUAUUAAAUCAUCUUAUGGCUUUGUUUGCAUCAGGGAUUCUUCCCCCUACGUACUGUGCUAUUUUGCAUUCCAGUUUCAGAGGUAUUUUUCAAUUGAUUCUCCCAAGCACUAAACUACUUUAUUCAAUGGUACAGCUACGUCCAUUCAGAAGUGAACCUGACUCUUAGCACAGGUCCCCCAGAGCUCUGCUGUAAAUGGCCCACCUAUCCAAUUUUCUCAGAAAUUCAUUAGAUGCAGAGGGUUGUUUGGUUGGUUUUGUUGGGGUUUUUUUUCCCUGUUACAUACAUUAACUCUGCCUGGAUUACUGUCAUUGCACGGAAGUACAUGCUUCUUGAUUAAUUACUUGUAAGAUAUAUCGUAUCAAAAUUACAAAACCGAGGUACCCGUUCCCUCUCCCUCCCUCCCCCUAAUGGCCAUUUACAGGCAGGUCUCAGGAAAAAAAGAUGCAGUAUCCUCUCUAAGCUGAAAGAGAGAAAUGAGUGAAGUGCAGCACUGGCACCAAAUAAAAGACUAAUUCCUAGGAAAUCAGAGGAUGCCAUCCACAGAGCAAUGCACA